AUGCUGCUGUGGCCUUUGCUGCUGGUUCUAGUUCCUGACAGAGGAGAGUCCAACUGGCUGAUUCUCCAGGCUCCACACUCUAUCUUUGAAGGCGAUAAAGUAAUUCUGAGAUGCCGGGGAAGGCAGGAAAAGAAAUCAGAAACAAUUUACUACAAAGAUGAAAGAAAAGUUGGUGUUUUUACAAGAAACUCAACUUUCUCCAUACCAAGAGCCAUCUCUAGCGACAAUGGCUUGUACAAGUGCACUGCUUCUCAGAAAAGUUAUGGAUGGAAAAAAACUUCAAAUCUUGUAAGGAUUAUAGUUGAAGAGCUGUUUUUACUUCCUGUACUGUCAGUCAGCACCGCCAGGCCCACGGAGGGGAGCCUCGCGACCCUGACCUGUGAGACCCGGCUCUCUCCACAGAGGUCAGAUGUCCAGCUCCAGUUCCGCUUCUUCAGCGAUGUCCAGGCACUGGGGUCAGGCUGGAGCAGCUCCUCGGAGCUCCAGAUCCCCACCAUGUGCAGUGAAGACUCAGGGUCCUACUGGUAUGAGGCAGAGUCCAUGACUUCUCAUGUUCAGAAACAGAGUCAAAGAUUCCAGAUGUUUGUGCAGAGGAUCCCUGUGUCUAGAGUGCUCAUGGAGACCCAGCCCCCAGGGGCCCAGGUGGUUGAAGGGGAGACUCUGGUCCUUGUCUGUUCUGUGGCUGAAGGAACAGGAAACACCACAUUCUCCUGGCACAGAGAAAACAAAAAGGAGAGUCUGGGGAGGAAAACUCAGCAUUCCCAGAGAGCAGAACCGAAGGUCCCUGUCAUUAGGGAGAGCCAUGCUGGGGGAUACUACUGUACAGCUGACAACAGCCACGACCCCGUGCAGAGUGAGGUGGUGAAUAUCACUGUGAGAGGUAACCCUUUUGUCUUCCUCGUUCCAGUGUCUCGCCCUUUCCUCACCUUCAGGGCCCCCAGGGCCCAGGCUGUGGUUGGGGGUGUGAUGUAGCUUCACUGUGAGUCCCUGAGAGGCUCUCCCUCAAUCCUGUACUGGCUUUAUCACAAGCCUGUUACCCUGGGGAAUAGCUCGGCCCCCUCUGGAGGAGGGGUGUCCUUCAACCUCUCCCUGACCACAGAACAUUCUGGAAGCUACUCCUGUGAGGCUGCCAAUGGGCUGGGGUCCAAGCGCAGUGAGGUGGAGACACUCAGUGUCACAGGGGCGUUGGCUGAGACUGAGCUAUGGGCCACAGAAAGACUUAUGUCUCCCUCCAGAGGAAAGACUCCAAGAGUGCCAGUCUAUGAAAAGGGGAACCUUUCCAGCCCAGAAGUCCAGGAGAAGAUCAACUCCAACUCACCUUCCCUGGUGCAGGGACUGGACCCUGUGUACAGCAAUGGUGAGUACGCCUGUCAGGUCUGGAUUGUCCAUCAGGGACAGGAGGGUGCAGGUGAGCUUUGGGGUAGUGCAUCUGACUCUGAUGAUGUCUUUGCCAGAGCUGGGGGGAGGCCUGCUGCCGGUGUGGCAGAGCCCUCGAGAGUGGUGGCUGCUGCCCCAUUGGCACUACACACCAGAAGAGAACAGCACCCGGGAACACCUCCAGAAGGCAAGGAUUCCUCCAUUUUCUAUUCCAAGGUGAAGCAGCAGCAGCUCCCAGGAGCCUCAGCUGAGCAGGCCAAGGCAUGA